AUGGACGACUCGGAGGAAUGGAACGAUGUGGCUAAAAGUCCAAGUUUGAAGAACCUGACGGACGGAGGCUUCGGUGUUCUCAAAGACAAACAAUGCAAAGCUGUGCAGGAUUUAGUCCGAGCUCAUAUUGAGUCCUUCGACCAAGCCCUGGGUGAAGGACUCAAUCGCGUAGUGCAGUCCAUCCCGCCGCUUGAGUUCAUGUCGAAGGAAGUGCGCAUUGGCCUGACCUUUGUGGACGCCUGCGUCUUCCCGCCCGCCGUCUCCAAGGGCAGCGUGUGCCGCGAGACGCGGGUCUUCCCGGCCGAGUGUCGCGGCCGCAGGUGUUCGUACAGAGGCCGGAUAGUGGCGGACGUGAGCUGGUCUGUGAACGGUGUCCCUAAAGGAAUCAUCAAGCAGUCACUGGGGCAAAUUCCUAUCAUGGUCAAGUCCAAGCUCUGCAACUUGGACGGAAUGACGCCGCGGGAGCUGGUUAGCCACCACGAGGAGGCCGAGGAAAUGGGCGGCUACUUCAUCGUGAACGGCAUGGAGAAGGUGAUCCGCAUGCUGGUGAUGCCUCGGAGGAACUACCCCGUGGCCAUGUCGCGACCCAAGUGGAAGAGCAGAGGACCGGGAUACACGCAGUACGGUAUCUCCAUGCGCUGCGUCAAGGAGGAACACACGGCCGUCAACAUGAACCUUCACUAUCUGGAAAACGGAACGGUCAUGCUCAACUUCAUCUACCUCAAGGAACUUUUCUUCCUACCGCUGGGCUUCGCGCUUAAGGCUCUGGUGGAUCUGAGCGACUUUGAGAUCUUCUCCGAGCUCGUCAAAGGCGUGGAGGACAACUCUUUUUAUCGCAGCUGCGCGUGCGAGAUGCUGCGCCUGGUGUCGGAGGAGGGGUGCACGUCGCAAUCGGCCGUGCUCCAGUACCUGGGUCAACGUUUCCGCGUCAAGUUGUACCUGCCCGAGUGGUACACCGAUCAGCAGUGCGGCAGCUUUUUGCUAGACGAGUGCAUCUGCAUCCACCUGCGGACGGGCCCGGACAAGUUCCGGCUCCUGUGCUUGAUGACGCGCAAGCUCUUCGCCUUGGCCAAGCAAGAGUGCUUGGAGGAGAACCCCGACGGCAUCUCUUGCCAGGAGAUCCUCACUCCGGGACAGCUUUUCCUCAUGUUCCUCAAGGAGCGGAUGUCUGCGUGGUUGACGUCCGUCAAGUUGGCCUUUGAAAAGCGAGGAAGUCGCUUGAAGGGCAGCUGGACAGUGGAGAACGUCAUCAAGAUGUUCAACCUGGGAACGGACCUCACCAAACCUUUUGAAUAUUUGCUGGCCACCGGAAACCUCAGCUCUAAGAGCGGUCUGGGUCUCCUCCAGAAUACGGGUCUGUGCGUGGUGGCGGACAAGCUGAAUUUCAUCCGCUACGUGUCGCACUUCCGCUGCGUCCACCGCGGCGCCGCCUUCGCCAAGAUGCGCACCACGUCGGUGCGCAAGCUGCUGCCCGAGUCGUGGGGCUUCCUGUGCCCCGUCCACACGCCCGACGGCGAGCCCUGCGGCCUCAUGAACCACAUGACGGCCAGCUGCCGCGUGGUGACGGAGUCCGCGCCCACCGCCGGGCUGCUGGCGCUCGUCUGCGCGCUGGGCGCCACCCCGGCCGACGCCGUCCCCGCGCGUCCCUUCUCCGAGUGCUACCCCGUCCUGAUAGAUGGCGCUCUGGUGGGCUGGGCGGAAGCCGAGCUGGCGCCGGGAGUGGUGGAUGCGCUGCGUAGGUUUAAGGUCCUGCGGGAGAAGAAAGUCGCUCCCUGGACAGAGAUUGUCCUGGUGCCCAAGACGGGCAAAGCAAGCCUCUACCCGGGCUUGUUCCUUUUCACCACACCGUGCCGCAUGAUGCGCCCCGUGCGCAACUUGGAGCUGGGCAAGCGGGAACUCAUCGGGACCUUUGAGCAGCUGUACGUGGAAGUAGCCGUGACUGAAUCGGAGGUGCGGGCGGGCGUCACCGGCCACCAGGAGCUCUUCCCGCACAGCAUGCUCAGCGUGGUGGCCAACUUCAUACCGUACUCCGACCACAACCAGAGUCCCAGGAACAUGUACCAGUGCCAGAUGGGUAAGCAAACAAUGGGCUUCCCUCUCCACGCCUUCCUGGAGCGCUCGGACAACAAACUGUACCGACUGCAGACCCCUCAAAGCCCUCUGGUGCGUCCCUCCAUGUACGACCGCUACCAGCUGGACAACUACCCGAGCGGCACCAACGCCGUGGUGGCCGUCAUCUCCUAUACGGGCUAUGACAUGGAAGACGCCAUGAUCGUCAACAAAUCGUCGUGGGAGCGCGGCUUCGCCGACGGCUGCAUCUACAAGACGGAAAUGGUGGACCUGGCCGAUAAGGCGCGCGGCCAGGAGGGCGUGGUUUUCGGCGCCAAGCCGGGAGAUCCCAAGGUCAACGGGCGACUGGACGCCGACGGACUCCCGCCCGUCGGUGCCACGCUCAGCUACGGCGAUCCCUAUUACUCCUACGUCAACCUCAACACCGGCCAGGCCUUUGUCACCUUAUACAAGAGCAACGAGGCGUGCGUGGUGGACAACAUCAAGAUCUGCGGCAACGACGCCGGCACGGGCUCCUUCAAGCGCGUGUGCAUCACGGUGCGCGUGGCGCGCAAGCCCACCAUCGGCGACAAGUUCGCCAGCCGCCACGGCCAGAAGGGCAUCCUGAGCCGGCUGUGGCCGGCCGAGGACAUGCCCUUCGGCGAGAGCGGCGUCAGCCCAGACAUCCUCUUCAACCCGCACGGCUUCCCCUCGCGCAUGACCAUCGGCAUGCUGAUCGAGAGCAUGGCGGGUAAAUCGGCGGCGCUGCACGGACUGAGCCACGACGCCACGCCCUUCGCCUUCUCCGAGGAAAACUCUGCGCUGGACUACUUCGGCCAGGCGUUGCGCGCCGGCGGCUACAACUAUUACGGCACCGAGCGACUAUACAGCGGUACCAGCGGCCUGGAGCUGGAGGCCGACAUCUUUGUGGGCGUGGUUUACUACCAACGCCUCAGGCACAUGGUGUCCGAUAAGUUUCAGGUGCGCACGACGGGCGCUCGCGACAAGGUGACCAACCAGCCGGUGGGCGGCAGGAACGUCCAAGGCGGCAUCCGCUUCGGCGAGAUGGAGCGCGACGCCCUGCUGGCGCACGGCUCGUCCUUCCUGCUGCACGACCGCCUCUUCAACUGCUCGGACCGCUCGGUGGCGCGCGUGUGCGUGGACUGCGGCAGCCUGCUGUCGCCGCUGCUGGAGCGUCCGCCGCCCGCCUGGUCGUCGGCGCGCCACCGCCGCACCGUCUGCGCGCUCUGCGGCAAGAGCGACUCCGUGGACACGCUGACCGUGCCUUACGUCUUCCGCUAUUUCGUGGCCGAGCUGGCCGCCAUGAACAUUAAAGUCAAGCUGGACGUCAAGUGA